CCUCUUCUCGCUGCACUGCUUCUUCGUUCUUCUCUCCGGCGACCAAACAAGAAAACUCCAAACAGUUUUGGAAAUAGCAGGUGUUUUGUGGAAGAUGAGUGGCAUUGUUAGGGCUGCAUUGAGGUCCAAGUGUGGCACUAGUGUUUGUGCACUUGUGCAGAGAAGUCAUGGCCUCCCAUUGAGGUGUUUCUCCACUGAAGCAGAACAGUCACUUCCGAAUUCAACACCCUCUCCUUCAUUCUUCGACACUGACAAUUCAGGUGCGACAUAUGGUAAGCUGCUCGGUGUUCAUAAACGUGUACUGAAAACAGAUAUCAUCAACUACCUUGAAGGUUGUAAUUUGACUAUGGAGGAUGUUAAAAUGGAUUACAACCGAAGCUUUUUUCCGGUUUCAACGUUGUUGCAAUUCCCUUCUCGAGCUUCCUAUGAUAAUGCUAUAAGGGUGAUUGUUAGGAAGGGUCGCUCAUACAAAUUGGAGAUGGCUGAUCGUUCCCAAUGGGACCGAGUAACUCCAUAUGACGGAAAAACUAUUUUAAUUGAAGGAGUUCCUCGAGCCACUACAUAUGAAGAUGUACAGCGCAUCCUGUCGGGUUUUGAAUAUGAUUUCUCCUCCAUCAACAUGUAUUUAAGGGCUGGAGAAGGUGUACGUGCAGAUCCCCUUAAAAUGAUCACAGUACGUUUCCAUUCAAGGAUUCAAGCAAUGAAUGCAUACAUAGCAAAAAAUGGAACGUUUUGCCUUAACAAUCGCAUUUCGAUACAAGUUAUCCAGUAAUACACGCUAGUGUUAUGGUAAUGCUUUAAUAGAGAGGGUAGAGUAGUUAAAGUUGUACUUUUGUUUUGUGAUUUGGAUUUCAUGUCUUUGGUUUAUAUUGACAAGGGAAAAUGUUAAAACUGUGGCAAACUGGCUACCAUUACUUGAAUAAAAACACUUUAUCAUUCAGUUGUUUGGUAAUUGAUGAAGAGUUUGGUUUUUGUUCA